CGUGGUGGACCAGCUCCAGCGGGAGCUGGAAGAGCCUGCCUGCCAUUCCAGCCUGCGCGAGCUGAACAUGACUGGAAUCUCGGAUUCCGUGCCUCCCGAUACUCCUGGUGGAUUGAUCACCUCGUUCAUCACGGAUGUUUUGGUCAAGGCUUGCAUGGAGAUGUCAAAGAAGCAGCGGAAAUUCCAAAGGCGCGAAUUCAAGCGGCACAAAGGCAUCUCUGGAGUCGCCACGGCCACUGUGCUGCCCCCGGGCGUGGACAUCCACACCGACCUGUGUAUAUACAGAGAGUGCAACAAGAUCCACCGGGAUGGGCUCCAGGCCGGAGCCUCCGGCCUGCUGCGCCUCAAGUGCCGUGAAUUUGAAGCAAAGCAUAUUCCUGCAUCCAAGAUCGUGCCUUUGUUGGAAUCUCUGGAUCCAUCCUGUGUUAGGAGGGUGGAUCUAAACUCCACCUUUUCAGAAUUGAAGGAGCUCUUGCAGAUCCUGCCUCACCUCCUGUGCUUCCCGCAGCUGCGGAGCCUCAAGCUCCAGUUCAGCUUCAUGUACCUGCGGAACCCAACACCGGAAUUGGCCAAGAGAAUCCACUGCGUGUCCAGGCUGCUGGGAAUGCUGCUCAGCCUCCGGGAGCUCAACCUGGGAUGGUCUACGAUCUCUGGGAAUCUGCACCAAAUGCUCUGCUUCCCUUUUCUUCGGUAUAUCCUUGGAUUCCGGGCUUCACAGGAAUUCUCUCCAGGUUUUUGCUUAUCCUCGGGGCAAUCUGGGGAAAAACUUCCUGUUACCCACAAAAUGAGUCAUAACAGUAGCCCCCAAGAAUCCAUGGAUUCCCUCGCUUUCCUCUGUGCCCGCCGCAUUGUCGCCCACCACCCUCUUCCUGCCGUUCCUGCCCAUCUCCAUCCCAUCCUUUUCCAAGCGGCAUUCCUGGAUGGGAGAACCCUGGUGCUGCGAGAUUUGGUGGCCACUUGGCCUUUCAAAGAGCUCCACUUGCAGCGGCUUGUUGGGCACAUGGACCUGCUCCAGGAUCAUUCCUGCAAGGACUGCGUCCAGGCCGUCAUCCAGGGUGUGGUGGAGAAAGUCAAGCGGGAGCUGGAAGAGCCUGCCUGCCAUUCCAGACUGCGCAUUCUGGACAUGACCGAUGACGUGGAUUCCGUGUUGGUAUUCGCUGGGUGGACUGCCUCGUUCAGCACGGUUGCUUUGGUCAAUGCUUGCGUCGAGGUGUUCAAGGACCACCAGGAAUUCCAAAGGCAUGGAUUCAAGCAGCACAAAAGUUGCUCCGGAGCCGCCUCGGCCGCUCCGCAGCCACCGGCCGUGGACAUCCACGCUGACCUGCGUAUCGACACAGAGUCCUACAGGACCCUGCGUGACGGGCUCCAGGCGGCAGCCGCCGGCCCGCUGCGCCUCAAGUGCCGUGAACUGAAAGCAGAGUUCAUUCCGGCAGCCAGUAUGGUACCUUUGUUGAGAUCUCUGGAUCCAUCCCGUCUGCGGAGGGUGGAUCUCUGCUUCAGCAGUUUAGGAUUGACCGAGCUCUCAGAGAUCCUGCGGCACCUCUCGCGCUUCCUGCAGCUGCGAAGCCUCAAGCUGUGGAACACCGAAAUCGACCUGCAGCACCCGACACCAGAAUCGGCCUUCGGAAUCUGCUGCGUGUCCUGGCAGCUGGGAAUGCUGCCAAGCCUUCGGGAGCUCAGCCUGGGAAUGUCCAAGCUCUCCGGCAAUCUGCACCAGAUCCUCUGCCACCUCCAGGCUCCUCUGGAAAGCUUGAGAUUGGCCUACUGCUCCCUCCUUCCUGCCAGCCUCACCUUCCUCUCCCAAAGCUUCCACGCUCCGGCCCUCAAAAUCUUGGAUCUGAGCGGCCACGACGUCUCCCAAGGCCUCCUGGAGCCCCUCCGGCUGCUCCUGGAGAAAACCUCGGCCUCGCUGCUGCACCUGACUCUCGAGUGCUGCCACAUUGCUGACCCCCACCUGAAAGUGCUGAUCCCGACGCUGCAGCGCUGCUCCCGCCUGCGCUUCCUGGGACUCUACUACAAUCCCCUGUCCAUGGCCGCGCUCAGGGAUCUGCUCCAGAAAACCUUGGAGCUUCCAGAUCUCUGCCAGGUUGUGUAUCCUGAGCCCAUCGACUGCUACAGGGAAGACCCAGUGGAAUUCUAUUAUGAUUUUAUGGAAUGUGCGGAUCAGGAACUUUUGGCGGCAGCCGCUGCAGAGAUUUCCCAGCUGCUGGAGAAUUCUGGGAGAACCGACAUCGUCUGGACUGACGAUCCCGAUGAGCACUGUCCCAUGGACUACUUCUCCCUGUGAUUUGGGAAAACCUUGGAGGCGGGAAAAGCUCAGAGCCUCCAUCAAGAAAAAGCCACGCCACCUCCUUCCUGAAAUCCAGGUGUUUUCCACCUCAUCCCACUGCAUUUCUGCCUCAUUCCAGUGGAUUUUCCCCUUCAUUUCGAUGCUUUUCUAUUGACAAUUGAGAGACAGACGGGUACUACUGACUCGUGAUCAGAAUCCCAAUUUUACUCUGAGCUACCUAUGCUUAUAUCCCAUUUUCAGGAGGGCUAGUAAUUUUUUACUGCCUUCAUUGGGUUAAAAAUCACAGAGAUAAACUUCACAUUUCUA